AUGUCCACCCUCUAUCUGCUGGUUCUCCUUGCGUUCUCCACCUGCUGCCUGGCAGAUGAGCAGUCUCAUAUCCGUCGCAGCGACGAGCCGCUGGUGAUCGACGACAUCGCUUACGACCAGGAAAGCGACAGGAACGCGGACCCGUGCACCUCCAGGGGCUGCAUGUGGGGCAAGUCCUCCGACGGCAAGGUCUACGUGCCGUACGUCAUCGCCUCUCAUUUCUCAUCGCGCGAGCGCUCCAUCAUCGAGCGCGGCCUCCUGUCCUUCCACGACGUCUCGUGCAUCCGCUUCGUCAAGCGCAGCAGCCAGCGAGACUAUCUGAACAUCCAGUCCGACAGCGGCUGCUACUCGUACGUCGGUCGCCGUGGUUACUCCCAGACUCUGUCUCUGGACCGCCAGGGCUGCUUGUACCACAGCACGGUCCAGCACGAGCUGCUGCACGCGCUGGGCUUCAACCACGAGCAGUGCCGCUCGGACAGGGACCGCCACAUCAAGAUCCUCUGGCACAACAUCCAGUCUGGUUGGGAGUACGCUUUUGACAAGAUCAGCACGCUGAACCAGAACACGCCGUACGACUACAACUCCGUCAUGCAGUACCACAGGUACGCCUUCUCCGGCAACAACAAGCCCACCAUGGAGCCGAUCCCCAACGCCAACGUUGAGUUCGGAACCGCCACCCAGAUGAGCAGGAACGACAUCGCCAGGCUCAACACCCUGUACAAGUGCUAGACGGUGAACCGUGAGGGAAUAAAGCCACUUU